AGGAGGAGUUUACAGAUACAUUUAAAACCCUGACUCUCAGUGCUUGCAGGAUCAUUCCUUCUCAGCACCCUGCCCAGCAAUGGACAAAGGCACCCCAAGAAUAAAGGGAGGCCUGUCAGAGGCCAGACCUGCUACAGCAGAAAUCCAGGAGAUCGCUGACAAGGUCAGACCCCAGCUUGAAGAGAAAACCAAUGAGAAAUAUGAAAAAUUUGAAGCCGUCCAGUAUAAAGUUCAAGUUGUCGCUGGAAACAAUUACUUCAUUAAGGUGGAUGUAGGGUGUGGUUGUUACCUCCACCUACGAGUCUUCAGUGGUAUUUCCAGAGAAAAUAAUUUGGAACUUCAUGGAUACCAGACUAACAAAACCGAGAAUGAUGAGCUGACCAGCUUCUAAACAGCAAAUCCCAAUAUGAUCUCAUCCCUCUCAUUGUAAAGAAAUGCAGUCAUCAAUAAAGAUACAUUCUGGGGAUUGGGGAUUUAGCUCAGUGGUAGAGCACUUGCCUACCAAGUGCAAGGCCCUGGGUUCAGUCCUCAGCUCCAGAAAAAAAAAAAAUAAAGAUGCAUUCUUCAAAUAA